GCUAUAAAUAAUAUCAAUAACUAUAUUAAUCAUAAAAUGGUUAGUUUGCUGACAUUAUUAAAACAGUUAGAAAAUAAAUUAGUCGCUCAUUUAAAGAACGGAAGAUCGUAUUUCCAUACAAGUCAAAGGCAAGCGACGAGGCGACGUCUCUUUUGAGACUAAUUUAUGGACGUACUGCAUAUUUCUGUAUUAUUUCCCUCGUCUACCCAGACCAAACUUUCAUAACCCGUCAAUCAGAAAUUGAUAUAACCGGGAUCACUCCCAUACCGCGGAGUAUGAAUGCAUUCCAUCCGCCCGCUCUGAUUGGCGUAUUUUUAAUUAGAUGUCGUCGUUCGCAUCUCACGGCUCCGCCUUCUCGAGGUCUUGUUUGUUAAUUUUUUUCCUAACCAAAGUGGACCCCCAAAAAAGUUAUCAAAGUUUUGCUGCGUGGAAAUUAUGCUUGUUAUGAAGAUUUGGUAAUUAGAUCGAGUACCUACAUGUUAUUCAGCGAGUGAAAUGUGAGAAAGGUCUUUUUUCAAGUUUACUGGAUAUUUUCUUCGGACAUUCAGAGAUGGAUGUUAAACAAAAUAACGCGGAGGCUGCACACGAACAAAUUGCUCCAAGAUGUUCAAAUUUCUCUAUUGAUGAAAUAUUAAAACCAUCAUUUGGACCACCAAAGCGCCAUUGGUUAUCGGCAUUUUCUCCUGUGCGAAAUGGUUCAAGGACAAUUUCCACAUCCGGACUUAGUCUAGAUCUUCAAUCAAACAGACACGAGUCCGCGUUUGUCAGACUUUCACCAUCAGACUCCCAACUCUCAGUUUGUUCCAGUCCUGAUUCGAACCCUACAACCAGUAGUCCAGUAGCCACUUCGCCCGGAUCGGACGGGAAUGAAAAACCAUUGUGGCCAGCAUGGGUGUUUUGUACCAGAUAUUCUGAUAGACCUUCAUCAGGUCCACGUUCCAGAAAAUUAAAGAAAAAGAAAGCCCCGGAUGAAAAGCGACCAAGAACAGCCUUCACUACAGACCAGCUACAGAGGCUCAAAUCCGAGUUCGAAGAAAACCGUUAUCUCACGGAGAAGAGAAGACUUGAACUUUCUGAGGAACUGAAACUAUCAGAAUCACAAAUCAAAAUAUGGUUCCAAAACAAACGUGCAAAAAUCAAGAAAUCCACGGGAGGCAAUAACACACUGGCUCUGAAAUUGAUGUCACAAGGACUUUAUAACCAUUCAACAGUAACAGUUUCGGAUGAAGGCGAGUCAUAAUAUAUGGUUCCUCGUGUAUAUAUAUUUUAUACAUGUGUAACUUAUUCGAAUUCGUUUUUCUUUAAACCAUGUUUUUCUGUACGUGAUAUAGUAGUAAAUUUAAAGGAAUUAAAAUCAAUGGAUUUUGUUUUUUAUUUCC